ACAUGGGUUUAGUUGAAAAUAGAAAUUUCGUUAUUGAUAAAAAUAGUAAAUAGUACUUAUCGGUAAAUAUUCGUGACAAAUUAAUUUUGUUAUGAUUUUAACAUGAGAACUGCUAAUUCCGUUUAUUAAAAUUCAUAAUUACGUAGUAAUGAAAUAAAAAAAAAAAAAUACUAAGAUCAUUAUCUCGGAAGUUUAUUACAACGCGUUACCGAGAAAGUGAUACUGCAGUACACAUAUAUUGGUUUAAAAAUGUUAAUUGACCAUUUAAAAAUAAAACACUAGCUAAAUUAUAAGCAAAAAUUGAUAUUUAUAAAUAUAUUAACAUUUGAAAGCUAGAAUAUUGUCAAAUUAUGCAUAAUAAAUAAAUUAAAUUUAAAGCAAUUAAUUAUAAGUCGUAAAAACCUAUUGGGCCUUUAAUGUAAUAAGUCAAGAAUGGUAUCGAUAAUUAAGAAUAAAACAUAAAUUAACACUUGUGUGUAGGAAUUUUGGACUAUCAACACACAAACAUAAAUUACACUUGUAGUCUAUGUAUUCAUUUGACUGUUAUGGCCUAAUUUCAAGUAUUAUAUUCUUUAUAUGUACUUUUGUAUGUUUUCUCAACUUUGAUCUUUGACUACAAAUUAAAGUAAUUUUUCAAAUCGGACAAGCUUAGAUCAUUAGUUGUUCAUUUCAAAUGUUCACAGUGGCAUGCUCAGGAUUUUUUGUAAAGAUGUCAGUCACUUUUUUCGUGUACAAUAUGUUCUUAUCUUUUGACCCUUUCUGUAGUUUCUCAAUUAAAUAAAAAAAUAAAAUAAAUAUAUUUUUAAGAAUAAAAUAGCGAUAAUGAGUUCAUGAGUAUGAAAUGUAAUUUAGAUGAUUUGUAUUAUAAAAAAGUAGGUGGUAGCAUUCUGUCCUUUAGUGAGAACAACACUCAAAGUGAAAUAAUUUUUAUGAAUAUUCUUAUCAAAAUUUUGUCACAUUAAUUCUAAUUGGUGAAUAGAUUUUAUUGUAAGCAUGACGUGAUUUCUAUUAAAAUUAUAAUACUUACAUCAACGUUAUGAACACUAUUGUUUUUAAACAUUUAGUGUCCAAGUAUCCAUGAAAAUAUAAAUAAUGUCUAAUAGGAGGAUGUGUGUCAUUUUAUUAGUAAUUUCUUUAUGUGUAAUAAGUUCUGCGAAUGAUUAUUGUAUUUAUUUGUCAAUUGGAUGCACUUGAAAGAAAAGCUAAACUUUCUUUACAAACUAUUUAAAUGAAAAUUAUCAUAUCAUUCAUUGAACGAUACAAUAAGGUAUCAUCCUCUUGUUUAUCUUAAAUCAGAUUUUAUUCAUUUUUGUCAGUCAAGUAGUACAUCAUGAUCUGCCGCGUUUCCUCUAUCUUUACCACUGUUCUUGCUGUUGUGGGUAGUGCUGUUUGUGUACUAUUCUCCGAAUAUUUACCUGACAAUGGAAGUAAUAACUUUAAUAAUCUAUCGACUCUCAGUGCAUCUGUAAAAAGUUGUUUAAUUGGAUCAAACGCGUUUAUUCCAUGUUUUAAUGAACGUGCAAUGGCUGCUUUGGAGCGUGCAGAAUCAUUGGAUACAUUACCUUUGGAUCAGAUUUUUGAAGUCAAGAUGCCACUUGGCGACGUAGAACCCGCUCCCAGGGGAAUAUACUCAGUUAAUGAUGAUCCAUACAACAUUGGUGCAGUUUUUGAAGCAGCUACAUCAUUGUUAUCAAGGCGAACGCUAAGCUGGGACUUCAGCAUAAUAUUCCCUGGUUUAUUAAUGCAAGUUGAUCCAUCAUGUAAUAAUAAAGGAACUGUUAAUUUUUUAUUAGAUCCACGUCAUAAAUAUGAUAAAAAAAGCUUAACUUUUGGAAAUAUUAUUUUUAAAAGAUCAUUGUUACAAUCUGUACUUGCUACUCAAAUAAGUAUUGUAUCUUUAGUACCGAUGAUAUUUGCAACAUUAUAUUUUCUAAUAAAAAACGCAUUAAUGAUGUCAAAGUUUGCAAUUGUGAUUUCUAGUUUUGUCAGUUAUGGAUCUACUUACUACAAUUAUCAAAACCAGAAAAGUGGUCCAAUAUUUGUUCCUUCUUUUCUAUCACCACAUAGAGAUGAAAAAUAUUAUGACAACUUAAACAACUUCGAACAGAUAUCUUCUUCUAAUACUGUGCCUUUAAUAAAAGGCCCCAUAAAUUAUUUCCCCAAAGAUUAUUAAACUUGUAUCGUGGUAUUGCGAACUAUGAAUUGUGAAAUAUAUUCAAUGUAAUAAUUUUAAUUAACCUAGUAUUUUUAUUUUUAUAUCAUUAUACUCU